AUGGAAGCAAGAGUAGAGACCAUAGAGGAAACCCUACGGAUGCUGGUUCAGCACAUUACUGGAGUAGGAAAUCAACAGAGACAACCCCAUCACCCUAGUGAUGAUCAUGAAGAUAAAAUGAUACGGAUAGACAUUAAGGAUUUUGAUGGACAAUCCAGUAAUCCUGAGGAGUAUUUGGAAUGGGAAGCGAGUAUGGAAAGAUACUUUGAGUACAGAGGAACUACACCUGAAGGACAGUACAAAAUGGCCAAGAUGAAACUCACUAAACUUGCUGCUAUGUGGCUGGAAGGAAUACAAAGGCAGAGGGUAAGGGAACAUAGGGAAAGAGUUGAUACUUGGGAUAAAUUGAAAAAGCACUUGAACAGGAAAUAUGUCCCCAUCAAUUUCAAGCAUCAAAUGUACAUUAAGUGGAGCACCCUUAGUCAAAAGGGCAGAACUGUGACUGAAUACAUACAUGAAUGGGAAAAGUUGGUGGUGAUGUGUGAUAUAGAGGAUGCAGAGGACUUGAAACUGACUAAGUUUUUAUCUGGGUUGAGAGAAGACAUUAGGGAUCAACUCAUGACCAUGCCUACAUUAGACCUACAAACAGCUUUUAACCUAGCCCCAAUCUAUGAGCAAAACUUCAACAAGAGAAGGGUGACAGGGAACAGCUACAACAGAUCCCCUAAGGCAUACUCACCCAGACAAUCCAGACCUGUAUCACCCAAGACACAGAGGAAAGCAGAACAAAACACCAAUGCCCCUGACAGAAUACCUAUACCCUUAAACAAGGUGGUUUGUUUUAAAUGCCAUGGUCAUGGACAUUAUAAAAAGGAUUGCCCCAACAUUAGAGUCUUCACUGUUCAAGAGUGGAAGGAAAUCAAUGAGGAUACCCAACCCAAGAUGAUGUUAGUAGUAAGAAAUGGUAGGGUGGAGGAGGAUUGGCCUCCAGUGGCUGAGCAUGAGCCAGAUGGAUCUUACAGAGUUGAUGAAUUUGGCAAAACAGUAAGGUAUGAACAUAGCGUUGAUGAAGAAGAGUUUGAUGAAGGAUUGGAAAGGAUUUUACCUGAGGAAGGUUGCUACAAUCUGAUCAUAAGGAGAAAUCUACACACCACAUGUGAAGAAAAAGAAAGCAACCAAAGAGAGAACAUUUUUCAAACUAAGUGUAAAGUAAAGGAUCAAGUUUGUGAAAUGAUAAUUGAUGGGGGAAGUGAAUCAAAUUGUGUUAGCUGGGAUUUGGUGACAGAUUUAAAUCUAAAAACCAGACCUCAUCCACACCCAUACAAACUCAAGUGGCUGGACAACAAUGCAACUGGUUCAGUGAGCAAACAAUGUUUAGUAGGGUUUGCUAUAGGUUCAUAUCAAGACAAAGUGUUGUGUGAUGUGUUAGAAAUGAAUGCCUGCCAUAUACUUUUGGGAAGACCCUGGCAAUAUGACAGGAGAAGCAUACAUAAUGGAUUUACCAACACCUAUACUAUUAGGCAUGAAGGGAAGCCCAAAGUACUGAUUCCCCUGCCUCCACAUAUGGCCAUACCCCCUCCUGUGAGGAAACCUGUUCACUUGAUCAGUAGAAGAGUGUGUGAAAAGGAAAUUAAAAACAGGAAUGAGGUUUAUGUCUUGGUUACUAAGGAAAUAGAACAGCCAGCAGAGAUACCCCCUGAAAUGAAGCCCCUGUUACAGCAGUACAUGGAUGUGUUUCCUGAUGACCUGCCUAAGGGUUUACCACCUGUGAGAGGGAUUGAACAUCAGAUAGAUCUCAUACCAGGAGCCCCUCUACCUAACAAGCCAGCCUACAGGACUAACCCCACAGAAACCAAGGAGCUACAAAGGCAAGUGGAAGAGUUACUACAAAGAGGAUAUGUGAGAGAAAGUCUCAGCCCCUGUGCAGUACCUACUCUGCUUGUGCCUAAAAAGGAUGGGACGUGGAGGAUGUGCAUAGAUAGCAGGAGUGUUAAUAAUAUCACCAUCAAAUAUAGGUUUCCCAUACCUAGGAUAGAUGACAUGUUGGACGAGCUAUCAGGAGCACAAUGGUUUAGCAAGGUUGACUUAAGGAGUGGUUACCAUCAAAUCAGAAUGAAAGAAGGGGAUGAAUGGAAAACUGCUUUUAAGACAAAGUAUGGUUUGUAUGAGUGGCUAGUGAUGCCCUUCGGCUUGACAGGAGCCCCCAGCACUUUCAUGAGAUUGAUGAAUGAGGUUUUGAUGCGAAUCUAA